AUGUCAACUGCUGCUUUCCAAAAAGAAAUUGGAAAUUUGUAUGAUCUUGUUUCACUGAUUGUUUUUGGAUCUGCAAUUCCAGGCAGUCCUGUCCUUGGAUACUUGGCUGCCGGCAUCUUGAUUGGCCCUUAUGGUCUCUCGAUCAUCCGUCAUGUGCAUGGUACAAAGGCGAUUGCUGAAUUUGGAGUUGUUUUCUUGCUAUUCAAUAUUGGCCUUGAGCUCUCUGUUGAAAGGCUUAGUUCCAUGAAGAAAUAUGUUUUUGGAUUAGGCUCUGCUCAGGUCUUGGUGACAGCAGUGGUUGUUGGCUUGGUCGCACAUUUUGUUUCUGGGCUGCCUGGUCCUGCUGCAAUUGUCAUUGGAAAUGGCCUUGCACUAUCUUCUACUGCUGUUGUUCUACAGGUGUUGCAGGAGCGAGGCGAGAGCACUUCGCGCCAUGGCCGUGCUACUUUCUCUGUCCUACUAUUCCAGGAUUUGGCUGUUGUGGUGUUGCUAAUACUCAUACCCCUUAUUUCACCAAAUUCAUCCAAAGGAGGGGUUGGUUUUCAAGCAAUCGCUGAAGCUCUUGGGAUGGCUGCUGUUAAGGCAGCAGUUGCCAUCACUGUGAUAAUUGCGGGUGGAAGAUUGCUGCUUCGGCCAAUUUAUAAACAAAUUGCAGAAAAUCAAAAUGCAGAGAUAUUCUCAGCCAAUACACUUCUUGUUAUUCUGGGGACCAGUCUCCUUACAGCCAGGGCUGGACUUUCCAUGGCACUGGGGGCAUUUCUGGCUGGUUUGCUUCUUGCAGAAACCGAAUUUUCCUUGCAGGUUGAAUCAGAUAUCGCUCCAUAUCGUGGGCUUCUAUUGGGUCUUUUUUUCAUGACGGUUGGAAUGUCUAUUGACCCAAAACUUCUGAUUUCAAAUUUUCCUGUCAUUAUGGGAUCAUUAGGACUUUUAAUUGGCGGCAAGACUGCUUUGGUUGCUUUAGUUGGCAGGGUUUUUGGUGUUUCAAUUAUAUCUGCAAUAAGGGUUGGUCUUCUUCUUGCUCCGGGUGGAGAAUUUGCGUUUGUAGCAUUUGGUGAAGCUGUGAAUCAGGGUAUAAUGUCUCCUCAGUUAUCGUCUUUAUUGUUUCUUGUGGUGGGGAUUUCAAUGGCCAUGACACCAUGGCUAGCUGCUGGUGGCCAGUUAAUAGCCUCUCGCUUUGAGCAGCAUGAUGUUCGUAGUUUGUUACCAGUUGAGAGUGAGACAGAUGAUUUGCAGGAUCAUAUUAUUAUCUGUGGAUUUGGACGUGUUGGCCAGGUUGAUACAUGUCUUAUUAAUUUUGUUGCGUUCGUUAAAAUGGCCAAUACUGCAAAGUUUUCUAGUUUUAAUGUAGAUGUUCAUGACAUUCAUUUGGUUUGCCAGAUUAUCGCGCAACUUCUCUCAGAACGAUUAAUUCCAUUUGUUGCUCUUGAUGUGAGGAGUGAUAGAGUGGCAGCAGGCCGUGCCCUGGAUCUUCCUGUGUAUUUUGGAGAUGCUGGUAGUCGAGAGGUCCUCCAUAAAAUCGGUGCUGAAAGAGCAUGUGCUGCAGCAAUAACUCUGGAUACACCUGGUGCAAAUUAUAGAACCGUCUGGGCUUUGAGCAAGUACUUUCCCAAUGUGAAGACUUUUGUCCGUGCUCACGAUGUUGAUCAUGGACUUAAUUUGGAAAAGGCUGGGGCUACAGCUGUUGUCCCUGAGACAUUGGAACCCAGUCUACAGUUGGCAGCUGCUGUUCUUGCACAGGCUAAACUGCCCACGUCAGAGAUUGCAGCCACCAUCAACGAAUUUAGAUCUCGCCAUUUGUCUGAGCUUACUGAGCUAUGUGAAACUAGUGGAAGUUCUCUUGGAUAUGGAUUUUCUAGUGUCAUGACCAAACCCAAAACUCAGUCCUUGGAUUCUUCAGACGAAAACCAAAUCAGUGAAGGAACAUUAGCAAUAUGA